AUGGUGGACGGCAUUUGGCUCUACCUCCCGCACCCAGUAGAACAGUUCCUGGCCCAGGUGCUGAAGGCCAAGUUCACUGAGUGUGACUAUCAAGGGGCUCAAGCAUAUCUCAGUCAAACCCUUCCGGAAGGAAGUUACCUGACACGAAAUGGGGCACAAGUCCUGUACCAAGCGAAAAGGGUUCUGGAUCACCUUGGCGUCCUGUUCUGGAUCAGUGGCGGCACAUGUCUCGGUUGGUAUCGACAGUGUGGUUUGAUCCCCUAUUCCAAUGAUAUAGACGUAGAGAUUCCCAUUCAGCACUACAGUGCAAACAUCGUGCCGGCGUUUUUGAAAGCAGGGUUUAAACUCGUCCACGUUAAAGGGAAGAGGUCUGAUAGUUACCAAAUAGCCAUGAUUGCUAACAAUAUCAAGUUCGAUGUGUAUUUCAUCUAUGAAGAGAAGACACACAGAUGGGUUGGAACCACCGACUCCACGAAUGGCAAGAAGUACAAGUACAUUCUUCCGAAGUUUGACACUUGCUGGACUGACUUCAAGGGUUGCCGAGUGCGCGUCCCCUGCCCUACUCUGCCCUACAUCACUGCCUACUACGGCGAGAACUGGAACACUUCAGUCAAGAGGUGGAACUGGAGGAGGAGCAACAGCAACGCACAGAAGAACGGGGUGUGGCCAAAGGACGAAUGGAAAAUUAAAAAGAGUAACAGGUUUUAG